GUGAGUUCUACUCGAAUAAAAAAACCAAUUCUAAAGUAAAAAAUUCUUACAAAGAAAUCACAUGCUUAAAAGUUAAAACUAGAUAAUAUUUAAAAAUAUAGAAACAGAUCAUUUUAUAAGUGUCUACUUAUAAAAUGGAUUUGCAAAUACCUACAUUUUCAUUAAAGUUUACAAAAUUCAUGUUUCAUUUCUCGCAUCUAUUUUCUGCAAAUCCUUUCACUUUAAUACACACUCUUCUCUUCCGCCACCUCAACUCUCAAACCUUCUUCACAUUCACCUCUCUCUCUCUCUCUCUCUCUCCAGCAAUGCCGUCAGUCUCAAAAUUAAACUCAAACCCCAACCCAACAACACUCGCCCUCUUCCUCCUCCUUCUCCUUCACUGCGCCGCCGCCGCCGACAACCCCGACCUCCGCCCCCUCCUACUCUUCAAAUCCGCCGCCGACCCCCACAGCGCCGCCCUCACCUCCUGGAACGCCUCCACCGAUCCAUGCACCGCCUCCUGGCUGGGCGUGACCUGCCUCCGCAACCGCGUCUCCCGCCUAAUCCUCGAAGACCUCCGCCUCCGCGGCGGCCUCCCGCGCUCCCUCGCCUCCCUCACCCAGCUCCGGGUCCUCAGCCUCAAGCAAAACGGGUUCUCGGGCCAAAUCCCGGACCUCUCCAACCUCACCAGCCUCAAGCUCCUCUUCCUCUCCCACAACCGCUUCUCCGGCGCCUUCCCCUCCUCGCUGGCGUCUCUCUCGGGGCUCUACCGCCUCGACCUCUCCCACAACAGCUUCUCCGGCCGCAUACCCGCCGCCGUGAACGGGUUGACCCGCUUGCUCACGCUGAGGCUGGAGGGAAACGGGUUCUCGGGUCCUAUCCCGGGUUUGAUACUACAGAAUCUGCAUGAUUUCAACGUGUCGCGAAACGGGUUGACGGGUCGGAUACCCGACUCACUUUCGACUUUCCAAGCGACGUCGUUCUUAAACAACCGGGCCUUGUGCGGGCCGCCGUUGGAGAAAUGCGCGAAAGCAACCGUUCCGUCGUCUCCGACCACGGAAACAAAGCCCGACAUUAACUCGGAAAAUAAUCGCCGAGGAAAAUUCAGCUCGCCGGCGAUAAUCGGCAUAAUAGUCGGCGAUGCUUUAGUUUUAGGGCUGGUUUCGAUGCUUCUGUACUGCUAUUUCUGGAGGAGUUACUCUAACGAGCUGGAGUCAUCGCCAUCGGGAAAGAGCAGCGGAUCAGGGGAGAAGACGAUCUACUCGUCGAGCCCGUACCCGAACCCGAACCCGGGCCAAUCGGGGUGCGAGAGGGGGCGGAUCGUGUUCUUGGAGGGGGUGAGGAGGUUUGAGCUGGAGGAUCUGCUGAGGGCGUCGGCGGAGAUGCUCGGAAAAGGCGGGCUCGGAACGGCGUACAAGGCGGUUUUGGACGACGGGAAUGUGGUGGCGGUGAAGCGGCUGAAGGAUUUGGGGGGCACCGGAAAAAAGGAAUUUGAGCAGCAAAUGGAGGUGGUGGGGAAGCUGAAGCACCCUAAUUUGGUGGACCUCAAAGCUUACUAUUUCGCCAAAGAUGAGAAAUUGUUGGUCUAUGAUUACAUGCCUAAUGGCAACUUGUUCUGGCUGCUCCACGGGAACAGAGGACCGGGAAGAAGACCAUUAGAUUGGGCAACGAGAUUGAAGAUAGCAGCAGGUGCAGCGAGAGGGAUCGCCUUCAUCCACAGCUCCUGCAAAUCCCUCAGCCUCAUCCACGGCAACAUCAAGUCCACAAACAUCCUCAUCGACGGCGACGGCGCCGCCAGGGUGUCCGACUCCGGCCUCUCCGCUCUGUCGCCGCUCCCCAAGCCGAGCGGCUACCGCGCCCCCGAGGCGUCGGACGGCCGGAGGAUGACGCAGAAGUGCGACGUGUACGCCUUCGGCGUGCUCCUGCUGGAGCUGCUGACCGGGAAAUGCCCCGCCGCGGCGGACCUGCCGCGGUGGGUGCAGUCGGUGGUGAGGGAGGAGUGGACGGCGGAGGUGUUCGAUCUGGAGCUGAUGAGGGAUAAGGGCAUCGAGGAGGAGAUGAUGGUGAGGUUGCUGCAGAUUGGGAUGGCUUGUGCUCAGGCUUCGCCGGAGCAUAGGCCGAAGAUGGGAUUCGUCGUCAAGGUCAUUGAUGAGUUGCGGCGGGGGACGGCGGAGUCGGUUGUUUCUGUUUCCGACUCGCCGGCGGACUCCGAGGAAGCGCUAUGACCUUUUUGUUUUUUAUUGGAAGAAAGGUUUUACAAGCAUGGUGUUAAUGGAGUGUCAUUUUUAGGGUUGAUGGUAUUUUUAAUUUUGAUUUGUGAGAGCUAUUUUACUUAAAUGGCUGAGGAGCGGUUGGAUUGAGAUCACUUUGAUUUUUUAUUAUCGUUUUUUUUUCACUA